AUGAGUAAAUGGGCAUCCCUCAGCCAUGGUGGGCCACAGCCGCCACAAGAAAACAUCGAUAAAUGGGAGAGAGCUGUCAAUGAAAACGAUCCCUCCAUCCUCACCACCGAAGAUCGUCUGAGAAUGCUUCGCCGAUGGCCUCUAGACCAAGCAAACUAUUACUGCAACUUUUACGUUGAAUGUACCAUCGACGAGCUUGUUCAAAAGGCCGCCCGAGCGGAUGGCCAGGAGAGUCUCACCGAGGCCGAGGCGAUUAUUGUUCUCAACACUCCUUUCGGCGGUUGUAUCCCGGAGGAUCAAAAAUAUCUGGCAAAUCAAAAUCGGUGGUCGCAGAAUACAAAGACAAAGUUCGAUGAUGCCCUUGACUUGAUUCUCACGGAGAUGGAUACAGAGAAGAGAGCGCGUGCGAAUGCCGAUAUUGCUUUUGAGCGGAUCAAAGAUACCAGGAGGGCCGAAUCCAAGAAUUUCUCCAAAGAUGAACUCAUCAAUAUUGUGGGGUGCAAUGCGAUAGCAUGGGUCAAAGCACUCGAAAAACAUCUGGAAGAGCAACCCGCGUGGGGAUUUGUGUGCAUACGGACUUCGUUCGGCGAUGACUCGUGGGAGAAGUUCAAGGAAUUCUUCGUUCAUGCUACUGAAUCUGCACUGGUAUUCCCUCGGAACUUCCAUAGUAUUCGCCCGCGAUGGAAGAUACAGUGGGUAGAGGAUCCAGCUAUGGAGAAUGCCUCAUUAAUCGAUCUUUGCAGCUACUUCCGACGUCUUUGCGAAGAGAACAAAGUUGAACCAGGCCUCCGCCAUGACGCAUUUCUCUACGCCAAUGCAGAAGCCAUCGAGUCAGUCAUAUCUUUUCCAGUUUUGCCAUCGCCAGCAUUCGUCAUGGCUGCAGAGGCAGCCUAUGAUGGAACAGGUCCAGAGCUUCCACUCGUGCAACAGGCCUAUGCUGGCUCGGUGCGAAUUGCCAUACCGCAUGUUUACACGACUUUCUGGGCGAGAUUAAUCUCGACGGAAGAGGACAUACGGGGGAAAUCAUCACCCAUGCAGCAGACCUGGGGGAAGAUAUUUGCGAAAGCACGAAUCACCCAUGAAAAGACAUACCCAAUAAAGUCCUUUUUCAUGGAGGUCUAG